AGGGAUUUUUGUGAUGCAAAGAGUAAACGUUAACAUGUGCAACUGAAUGAUCACAACACUCAGAACUGGAGCAUCUUGAGAAGUGUAUUUAAAAUCCGAGCAGAAUCCCAGUUCAGCAGAAUGGCAGACAUGUCAGUGGAGGAGAUGACAACUAAAGCCAACCAUGUAACAAAUGAGUCACUUGAAAGCACUAGACGAAUGGUGCAAAUGACAAAUGACACUUUGAAGGUUGGGGUUAAAACAAUGACCAUGCUAGAUGAGCAGGGAGAAACACUAAAGAAUGUGGAACGGGAAAUGGACCAGAUCAAGCAGGACAUGAAUCAAGCUCGAAAAAACCUGAAUGAAUUGUCCAAAUGCUGCGGCCUGUGUUUGUGCCCAUGUAACAGACUGAAGUCCACCAAGAGUGACUGGAGAAAAAAGCAGGUCAGGGAACCAAAGGAAAACAAGCAGAAGGUGGUAUCCAGCCAACCGACUGCCGUUUGCAAUGGGCAGGCUGUUUCUGCUGGGUCAGCGGCCCCUACAUCAAGAGAUGAUGAUCGAGAAGAUGAGAUGGAAGAGAAUCUAAGUCAGGUGGUCAACCACGUUGAGACUUUAAAGAACAUGGCACUGGACUUGAGCAACAAGAUUGAAGAUCAAAUCCAAAUAAUUGAUCAUGUCAAUAAUGAGAUUACAACAAUUACAAGUGAAGUUGUUGCUGCGGAAAAACAAGCCAGGAAACACAAAUAAGAGACAUACAGAAAGGACCACCAAAAGAUAAAAUGUACAUCAGCACAUGGGAGAAAAGAUCUGCUACUAACAUUUCAUCGCGACUUUAACACUUUUGGUGCCAUAAGUGCCUUUUUAUCGUUGUCAUUAUUAUCUUGAUGUUUGUAAAUUGCAGGGCAGUGCUGUAGCCUUCAGUACUUUGCUUAAUGAGGCUUUAGAAUGAUCGAGCCUUUGGAAAGCUUUUGACUGAAGUGCAUGUCUAAUAUUCUCUGGACAAAAUGAGAAGUGUCCAUAUGACCGGUCAGAUCAGCAUGUAAACUCUAAAUGAGCUAAUGCUUCAAAAAAAUGUCAGUGAAUUAAUCACUUUCAUUUUAAUAAACCAAACUGUCAAAAUGAUCAUGUCAAUAAAUCAUAAUUUCCUCACGUUGUACUUUUAAUUUUAUGGGCCCUGGCCUCUGUGUUCAAAUGACCAGCAGAGGUUGCUGUUAGACUGUUCUGAAAUCCAACCACAAAAAGUGCUUCCUAAGAUGGAGGCCUGAAGAAGAAUGCCGCUUAUUCUCUGCUUAUGUAAGAGAAUUUUCUCAAAACUGAUCAUAAAGUACGAAAGCAGAACAAAACAUUUCCGAUUAAUUAUCCUUGUUUCUCUAGCUAUCCCUGUCAUCAUUUGUGUUCUCAAAGGGGACACUUCAGUAAAGGAAAGCCGUUUCUUUGCCACUGCGAGUUGAAUUGCUGAUACGUUUACUAUAUGAAUAUUUAUAUUUUUACAAUCUAGCCAAGGGUUCUGUGUUUAAACUCACAUGCCAGCUUUGCUUGCAGGCUUGUUUGUGUACUUUUGAUUUAAUUUAUGUAAUUACCACUGUUUAGUAUUAUAUAAUAGUAUCCCUAAAAUUUAUCUAUGCUAUUUUCCCUUAAGUUUAUACUUAAUAUUACAUACGGACUCAUCCAUGAGUUAUAACACCUGUUCUCAUCGCCUGUGUUUUUCUCAUCACACAAGAGAUUUUUCUAGUUAGCUAUGCUAUGUAGCGGUCUUCUUUGGCCUACCACAGUAUUUUCUGUGGCUAAGAGCAGCAGAGUUUGCUUCUGUCUUAGUUCUAUAUCAAGCAGCCCAACAUUUUAGACUCCUUUUUUUUUUUCAGAGAUACCUAUGACAGGUAGACUUUUCGGAAGUAAUUCUAAACUGUAUAAUUACAUGUAGUGAUAUUCAGACCAACAUCACAACUGUGAUAUUUUACACAACAGUCCAAUGAACAACGUGUUAAUAUUGAGGAACUUACAUCUUAAACACAACAUUGCCAUUUACAGACUAUUUUUGUUGUCAAAAACUGUUCUAAAUAAAGCCAAAACAGGAUUGACCAACAUGCAGUGUAAAGUAGUGAGUUUCAGAGCUUCUUACAGGGAGAAAAAAAAGAAAAGAGCAAAAAAUUUAUAGUACUUCAUAUACCACACACUCAUUUUUCUUUUGGCCUCCAUAAACAGUGAUUGACUGUUCUAAAACUCAGACAGCAACUGAAUGAAGUCAGGUCCAUAAUGAGAUCAAUUGCCAUGUCUAAGUCUCUUUCCUUUUAAUAAAUGCCUCAUUCAUUCAUUCAUUCAUUCAUUUUAAAGUUCACAACCAGAGGGCCGGGGCCCCUGGCAAACUUAAGGGGGCCUUAAGAUGAAUAAUGAUUUAAAAUAAAAUUCAAAACAAGAUUUAAAUGAAAAAUAAAUAAAUAAAUAAAAAUAAGCUCACUCUGUUUUAAUUCAUGCACUCAUCAACUGUCAUCUUUAAUGAAGAACCAAAACCUAUAUGUAUAAGGGAAUUUAAAGUGUAAUUUCUAGACCUGGAAAUGUCACAAAAAUUUUAUAAUGGAUAUAAAUUGUAACAUUGUCUUACAUC